AGGGGGAAAAAAGCUCGAGCGUUUAUUUUCUGCGCGAGGUCAGGAAGUCGGAAACCGCUACGUCUGCAGAAUGGAGGAGGAGGAGGAGGAGAUACAGCCGGUUAACCUUUGAACCGAGCGCCUCUGGUCCCUCCGGCGUCCUCACGAGAAGUCACAAGACAAAACCUCAAAGUACCUCGAAUGUCAGACAUCCGAUGUGGGAAACGCGGUGCGGGUCGGAGGGUAAACGGCGUCACAGGUUUGGGAGCUUCGGGCGCAACGCACAACGGAGACGCACGCGCCGAGGAAGGGGACGUCUCGAUAUCCCGCAGACGAGCCCGGCUGCAAACGAGAGAGGAAGAAGAAGAAGUUGAGAACAAAGCGAGGACAGGAGCCAGACACACGAGUCAUGUCCGUUGUCCAUUUCAAUCCCGGGUCAGAUUCCACGGAUGUUAAUGGGAAGAUUGAUAAGAUGGAGGAUGCUAAAGUUGAGAUUGAUGAUGGGAAGGAUGAAAGUCUGGAGGCAGACACGCCGUGCCACAAAAUCCGGACGAAGAUAACACCUUUUGUAAUGUCCUUUGGCUUUCGCGUGUUUGGUGUGGUACUGAUCCUGGUGGACGUCGUGCUGGUGAUUGUCGACCUGUCGCUGCCAGCCAAGAGCAGAGAGGUGGGAAACGCCUUAGAGGCCGUGUCCCUGAUCAUCUCCUUCUUCUUCCUCAUCGACGUCCUCCUCCGUGUCUACGUGGAAGGGUUCAAGGUGUACUUCAGGUCCAAGCUAAACAUCAUGGAUGCCUGUAUCGUGGUCGUCACUCUGGUCGUCACGAUGAGCUACACCUUCUCUGACCUGUCGGGAGCCAGCCUCCUACCCAGGGUGGUGACGUUCCUGCGUUCACUGAGGAUUAUAAUCCUGGUGAGGGUCUUCAGACUGGCGUCGCAGAGGAAGGAGCUGGAAAAGGUCACCCGGAGGAUGGUGUCUGAGAACAAGCGGCGGUAUCAGAAGGACGGGUUUGACCUGGAUCUCACCUACGUCACAGACCGUGUCAUCGCCAUGUCCUUCCCCUCUUCUGGGAAGCAAUCUUUCUACAGGAAUCCGAUCAGGGAGGUGGCCAGGUUCCUGGACACGAAGCACGCAGACCACUAUAAAGUCUACAACCUCUGCAGUGAAAAAGGCUAUGACCCCAAGUUCUUCCACUACAGGGUGGAGCGGGUGUUCAUAGACGACCACAACGUUCCCACCCUGGAGGACAUGUUAAAAUACACAGCCAGUGUGAGAGAGUGGAUGUCUGCUGAUCCUAGGAAUAUCAUUGCUAUUCACUGUAAAGGAGGAAAAGGACGUACAGGUACUCUCGUGUGCACCUGGCUCAUAGACAGCGACCAGUUUGAGAGUGCACAGGAUAGCCUAGAAUAUUUUGGGGAGAGGAGGACGGACAAAAGUCGGAGCUCCAAGUUUCAGGGGGUGGAGACUCCCUCUCAGAGCCGGUAUGUGGGCUACUACGAGGUCAUGAAGACCAAGUUCAGCAGACACGUGCCGCCACCUCAGAGCCUCAGAAUCAAGAGCAUUCGCAUCCACUCCAUCGCAGGUGUGGGUCGAGGUGACGGCAGCGAUCUCAAGGUGAAGGUCAUCGUGAGGAAAGAGCUGGUGUUUCAGGGCGUUUGUGCCAAACAGGAGAAUUGCACGGUUUUUCCUGACGUGGGGAACAACGCUGCCGUGAUCAGCCUCCAGGACGGGCCUGCCGUUGAAGGAGACGUGAAAGUCAUGUUUGAAUCGAGCGCUGGUUUACCCAAAGGGUACGAAGACUGUCCGUUCUACUUCUGGUUCAACACCUCCUUCGUAGAGGACCACAAGCUGUUCUUACCCAGAGAGGAGCUGGACAACCCUCACAAGCCCAAGACCUGGAACCUCUACAAGGAGGACUUUGGCGUCACCAUGUUUUUCUCAGAUCCCUGAAUAAAAGCCAUUCAGAAAAAUGGAGGAGGGGUUCAGGCGCAGGUUCAUAAGUUUGAGUGGCUGCACACGCGCACACACACACACACACACACACACACACACACACACACACACACACACACACACACACACACACACACACAGGAAACCGCGGAGAACACUAAUACAAGAAAUGAGCGAGGGCUGCACACAAGCACUUCCCAGAAACUGACGUUUGGUCUGACAGAGUAAAGCGGCAUCGGACAUUUCUUAAAUUGUUGUUCGGGGGGUUUUCAUCUGUUGUAGCUUUAGAAGUGAAACCUUUUGACUGCAGAAUUGGUGCCAUGAUUAGUUUUCAUUUAAAAAAAAAAAAAACUUGUCAAAGAGAUGUGAACAAGUUGUAUAACCUGCACAUGAAAUGAAAACCAAAAUCCUGACAGAGCCGGGGGGGGGUCAAAUCUAGGACAAGUCCGUUAACAACUUAUUUAACGUGACCUCUGUCAGACUGGAUCAGGACAGUCCAAAUUAGACCAGAAGACUCAGCACACCGUCAUAUUUUGGUCAGAUUAUUCAAAUUAGGUUUGCAUUCUUAAAUGAUGGUGGGAUUGUCUCGUUUCGACGCCUUAAGAUGUUUCACAAGCGUGAGACAGAACUGAAACGCCAGAUGACUGAUGGAGGCAAAACGCUGAAACUUCCCGGACCUCCGUGCGGUCUGUUUUCAACACGUGCAGCCCUCAUCCGUUUCUUCAGCGCUGAACGGUUCGGAUGUCCGAUUAACAAUGACAUGUACAUUUCUCAUUUUCUGAAAUUGAGAAUGACAUAAAUUCCUCGUUGUUGAACAUAACCUAAUUUGUAAUUUGAACACGAGAACGAUGUACAGUUCUCAUUUGAACAUGAGGACAUAUGCAUUUCUCAUUUGAACAAGA